AUGCUUAGGUAUUAAACAUUCCAAUGUUUAAAAACUGUCCGCUAUGUCUUUCUACUUUUUACGCUCGUCAAAAACUUUCUCUCGCCGCUUCAAAUUCCUCGACCUGGGUUACAUAACGCGACAAAAAGAAAAAAAAGAAAAACAUCAUCGCCAUGCAGGAAUAAAAUUUCUUACGUCUCAAGGCGCUGGACCAUUGAUCUAUCACCAUCCAGCGGAUAAAAGAAAGAAAGAGCGUAGAUGUGUCUUUUUUUUUUUUAUAUGAGAUCCACUACUGGUAGGCAGAGCAGCGUAAAUAACAGAGUGAAUGUCGAUGGCUCGAUACGUGUGCAACACAGGCAUUCCCUGUCGACAACCGUCCCUGGCCUCGUCCAGGCAAAUGUGUACCGGUGCAGAAAGAUAUCACUGUUCGCCGGAUACGUGAAUCUCUUAGGGCCCACGAAUGUAGUAUAAUUUACGCGAGAAAAGAAUGGUUGGCAAUUUUGGUCGAACUGCAAGGAGGAGGCUCACCUGUUACACCUGACCUCGAGAAAGAUCCUUUUGAAAGACGAGCAGAUCAGAGAUUAAUGUCAAUGUCACCACUUGUUUCCCAGGGUGUGGUCCCCUCCUACGGGUCGACGACUCCCUACCAGAUUCACCUAUAUAAAAGGGGGCACCGUGGCUGGACAGGGCAGCACAUCACCGUCGGUACUUUAGGGCGAAUACUGGUUGGAAAAUUCACGUUCAUACCGGCCAGCAGCGCAUUUCCCACCCACAUCAUCUUGGCUACAAUCUGCGGCUUGACAAUCGCCGAGCCAGGAUACUUGGCCUCAGUGCUGCCUUAUGGUUAUCUCCGAGUGCCGUUGAUCUACGACGGCAAAGUUUUCGACACACCGGAAGUGGCACAGGCGAAAGCUGCGCAUCUUGCCACUCAGGCGUACGAGGCAGCCAGGAACACGAUUGGUGUCGCUCAUGUGCCAGCCGUGUUUCGUGUUUACACACCUGCAUCUGGUGCACCGAUAGGUGCCGAUGGUCGCGUCGUCGAUACACCGGAAGUUGCACAGGCAAAAGCUGCACAUCUGACCGCCCACGCGCUGGAGGCUGCAAAGCAUGUAGGACUCGAACCGUACGGUGCUCUAGCCUAUGCCUCAGUACCUUACACUUAUGGAUUUGGAUACGGUGCUCCCCUUGGUUCUGAUGGCAGAGUAGUAGACACUCCGGAAGUUGUACAAGCGAAAGCAGCUCAUUUUGCAGCGCAUGCUGAAGCAGCCGCAAGAACUGCUGAAAAAUCUGAUUACCAGUGA